AUGGAUUUGGGCAAAGUCGCGAUCAUCAUACGGGCUUUGCAAGCUUGCAACACACUGUUCGGCGAUGUCAAGCCGAACAACUUUGAGGUCACGUCGUUCAAGGUGACGGACGGGACGAUCGAAAAGUUUGUCACAAUGGAUAACGCGACCGGCUUCGAAACGUAAGCAAUUUUUUGUUGUUUUCAGUAGAGGAAGGGGGAUGUUGUUUAUUCUUACAGGCUAAAUCGUAGUAGGCUGGCUUUUUUGGGAAACAACAUCAUAAAGCAUAAGUCCUCGGUAUUUUUUGGGAUCUCAGAACAGCCGAAAAUUUUAGGGAUAGCUUAAAACGGGGUUUCUAAAGGUUUUCCUAAACUUAGCUCCCGUUUAAGGAAAACACUUUUUGAAAAAAUAUUUUCUGUCAAAAGUUGGAGACCGAUUCACAAUCAGACUUGAAAAUUUUGGUAUAUAUAUGUUUAUUGCUGGUUAUAUUACGGUUCUUCUGCGGAGAGAAACACUGAAUCCAACAUAAUUUAUUCGAUUUUGCAUGUUUUCAGUUCCCCUAUCAAGUACGAUGGUCCUGCCUUUCAAGGGAUUCGUCUGCAAAUGUCGAUCCAAGGAGACAAGACAAUUGUUGGGGGUCAAGUGACAAAAGUCAGCAGUGAUCCAGAACCUCAGUAAGUUUACGGCUCGUUUGGGGGAGGAAAAUCAGUGGUGGACAUUUCAAAAAUCGUUUUUUUUUCUGAUUUUGAGAGUUUUUCUUAAGGAGUAGUGUUAAGUAGUAAAGUUUUGAUUUUUUUGUCGAAUGGUGGAUUUAGGGUUUUUCGAUGGCGAAUAUUUCAAAAAUCGUAUCCAUUUUGCUUAAUGCAGAAAAAUUAGUACGAUGUAGAUUUGAUUUUUGAAAUCUGCGCCAUAGAGCACCUCUCCCACCGCCACACCCUUUUUUAGCAGGCCUUUUCGUCCCCUAUCGUCGCAACUUGUUUGUUUAUUUUUAGGGAAUGUCCCGUGAUCGGAGACGACAAGGAAUUGAAUGUGGUCGCUGAUUGUACCCAAAGAACCUGCCCGUAUCUGUUCGGAAACGCGGUGUAUGUGAUCCACAAUAAGCAUUCAUAUCUAUCUCUAAUAUAUAAGAAGCUGGACGUAAUAGAAGCAAAACACGAGCAACCCAAUAUCGAUUGCUCCGAACGAUUUGGAGUCGAUGAUGUGGAGGGAACGUUUAUUUUUAAGAAGAACGGCACGUGCACGGAGGUGAACGUUGAUGAGUUUGAGCUUCCUUGGGAACCACAUGAAUGCGAUACCGCCCCAAUUAUUUUGACGCCGGAUACGCCGACUCAAUACUAUCAUCUUGUAAGUUUGUGGCUAAGUUUGGCAACUUUAUUCAAAAAACUUUGCCGAAAUAAUGACAAAUUUCAAGUGACAGUUGGUAUAUAAUUGUUUGAAUAUGUUUCGUGCCCUAAAACCUUUAUUUAAGCGAUACCUCACCAUCUUGGCCAGCUGUGAGAUGCCCAGCACAAUUACCGAGGAGAUGGUCGACAACACCUUCAUUCGGUUCACGCAUAUCGAUUCCACUGAAACAACGACGUGGGUUUUGCGUUCGUUGAUUUUUAAUUUUUUCCAGCGCUCUUCCUGUCUCGGAAACAUCCGAUGUGGCUGUCCAAAGCCAACUCGAACUUGCGGCGCUAGUGCUUGGAAGUCUCGCUGUCGCGGUUUUUCUUGGCUUGAUAAUCGUCGGGAUUGUCGUUUGUGUGGUGAGUUUUUGGGGGUUUGAUUUUUAUUUUUUGCGGUGCAGUGAUUUUUCGGAAUCUUUGUAGUUUUGCCGUGCAGUGGAUUUUUUUGUGGCGUUUUUUUUUGAUUUUUCUGUAUAUUUUUUUAGUUUUGAAAUUUUUAAAACUAUUUAAUUUGAAAAAUGGACUUUAUUCCGCAUAGUUUUUUUGUAUUUAUUACUUUUUCUAUUCAGAAAUGCCGGGAAAUAUGCAUGUGCUGCGGCAAGAAGACGGAGAAGAAGGAGAAGAAGAAGAAGUUAUCCCAGGGAAAACCGCCAUCGGUGACCGCCCCUCUGCCCCACAGUGCGCAGGAGAACACGAAGAGCCUCAAAAAGGAGGAAAAGGAUGAGGACGGGGAAGUGUUCCUGGAAUAUAUGGAGGACGAAUCGGAUGAGUAAGAUGUUUUUCAAAACUUUUGACAAAAGAGUACUUUUAUGGGGUAUGGGGUUGCAGGUCGAGACACACAAAAUCGCAGAAUUUUUCGCAUUCAGAAUAUGUAAAAAUUAGCUUCCCGAUUUUGGUUUGUAAGGGCGAAAAAAUCCUCACGCGUCAAUCCAAAAUAGAAGAAAAAAUUUCCCGCCCCUUUUUGGUGAUUCGUUCAAAACGAAAUGUCACUAUCCGAUAAAACGCAUUUUCUUAUCUUUCUUCUCCCUUUUCGAGAAAAAGCAAUUGUUUCAGGCGAGAAAAAGUGCCGAUAAUUUCGCGACAUUUCGUCUCUCUUUUAAAUCAAUGAAAACGAUUUUUUGCGACCUGUAACUCCGUAGAAGUACUUUCCUUGUCAAAGCUCGACAAAAAUUUCAAAUUUCUGCCAAAAAAUUCGUUUUCGGCCGUUUUCCACCUCUCGUUUUUUUCAGGGACGAAGACCCGAAAUCCUUCGAUGUACUCUUUGAUAUGGAGAGUCUGGUAGCCAAGCAGAUGGAGGAUGACGACUUUCCUGUCGCAAUCCCCAAAAUGUUUGUAGGGGGUUUCCGCUCCUACUUUUUUAUAAGGAAGCUGGGCCAAGGGGUAAGGACCGCGGUCUACAAGUAUCGAAUGGGACGUCGGGGCGACGACUAUGUGGCCGUCAAGAUUUUUGACAAAGUGUUAGACGCCUUUGCGGAAUGCCGCAAUAGCCAAGGGAUCCAUCAGGUCUUGAGAUCCGUCAGCUCUUGGUGGGUUUGGGCGGGAAAAUUCAGCGGUUUUGCUUGAGGCAUCCAUUUUUCAAGCCACGUUGGAUUUUUUUUUUUCAGUCCAAGUCUCCUCGCGGAGGUUCUGGAUUAUGGCGGAAACGAGAACGUAUGCCUGGUCGUGCCGCUCUGUUAUCAGGACAUGGCUACGUUUCUUGACACGACAGCAAUCGAGCUCCAGCAAAAACUCAUCAUCGCAUACCACCUCCUGCUACCGAUUUUGCAACUCCAACAAGCGAAAGGCGCUCAUAUGAACAUUACACCGGGUAGUUACAUGCAGAGAAGGCCAGAUGAAAAUACGGUGAGGAGUUGGACCUUUUUUUGAUAUUAUUUUUUUUACGGUGCGAUGAGACUUUGGGUGGGAGUUUAAACAGAAAAUGCGGCGCUCGGAUUUUGGUGAAACUUGGCGCAAAUUUUUCACGAAGGACGGAAAGGUCCGUCGUGAAAAGGCCCGCUAAAAAAAAGAAAAUAGGAUGGCGGGGAGGGAGGGAGGUUUUCGAUGGCGCUGAUUUCGAAUAUCGUAUCCAUUUUUUCUGAAUUUUACAAUUUUGCUUAAGCAGUAGUGUUAAUUAGUAAUUUAAAAAAAAAAUUUUUUUUUGAGUAAUGGAUUUAGGGGUUUUCGGUGGUGCUGAUUUUGAAAAUUGUAUCCAUUUCUUCUGAAUGUUCCUCAAUUCUUCCUCAAUUCAUGAGGAAGAAUUCUCAUCCUCAAUUCUUUAAAAUAAAUGUUUUAAUUGGUAAAAACUUGGUCGAACUUGUAUGGUACUGUAAGAAAACUUAUGACGCUUUUUUCGUCUUUACAGCGAAAAUGACACUACUGCUUAAGCAAAAUUGUAAAAGUCAGAAAAAAUUGAUAUGAUUUUCGAAAUCAGCGCCAUCGAAAACCUCCCCCACCCCUCCCCCGCCCUCCUCUGUUCUUUUUUUUUAGCGGACCUUUCCGCAGCGGACCUUUCCGUACUCAAUCCAAGUUUUUAUGACGGAAAAGGUAACAAUUUUUUCUACCGGGGCCAUCUGCAGGAGUGUCGGUUGACGGCUCUCCGAGAGCUCCGAAAGCACUCUCCCGACGACAAAAGCCUGUGUCGUUUUUGUGUUUUUUGAUUGUAUCAUUUUCAGUGUCUCCUUCGCCACCUUUGUUUCGCGGAAAUGUUCGGUACGGAGUACGAGUUCAAUUCCUUCAGCAACCCCGACUUCAUGUCAGCGACGAACCAUAGACGCGAACCCGCCAGCAUGGUAACCGAUAUGCAGUCGUGGCUGCUCAUGGUCGUGUUUAUCUUCCGUGACAGAAGCGAUAAGCCUCCUUGGCAUGUCCGAAACGAGGUAAGGCCAACUUGCUCUUGUCGGUCGCAUGGGAACUUUAGAAGUUUGCAUUUUUCUCGAACAUUCAGAUUUGACUUUCAUUUUUUGCCAAUUUUCUUUCAACCAUUCUUGGGUUUAGCACAACGACCCGUCCAAGAAUGCGAAGCGUAAGAUUGUAUUCAAAAUGCACUUCGACCGGAAGAUGGCGUUUUUCAAGAAAUUGGAGCCACUCACCGACCAGAAUGCAAUUAUCUACGAUUUGGCCCAAAUGAUUUGGUACAAGAACGCAAGCGAAACAAUCAAUAUGAACGAGGUGCUGUCUUAUAUGGAGAAGGUGAGGAAAUUCGAGAAAUGAGAAGAAGUCUAUGCAAAUUUUUUGGAUUAUGCAUUUUUUUUGUUGAUUGCAUACCAGUUUUUUUUUUGUUGUUGACUUUCCACAUUUUUAGCUCCAAAAGAAGUUCAAGUUCGAAUACACGGACCCUUGGUGGGACACCACAAAGCGGUGGGAAAAAAUCGUCAUAAUUCCGCCCGAGGAGAGAACCCAACCAUGUGGGGUUGAAAACUGUGGACACCAAGAAUGUGUCCCACGUUUUGAAAAUGCGUAUCCAAAAAAAACCCGCAAAGAACUGAGCGAAGAGAGAAGCCGGCGGAGAAGAGAGAGGGAAGAAGCUGGAAAACAUGCCGCGGCCGUUGCCGCUCACACUGCCAAGACUAUUUCAGAGGGUAGCAGUCGUUUGGUGAUGAAAAAGGGUGCAAGAAGAACGCCGAAGAAAGAAGAUUUUGACAUAACACUCAGCCGGAGCCAGAGUGAUAUGUGGUUUUAA